CGUCUUUUUUCAAUCUCCGAACUCAUUGCGCACAUACCACAAGUCGAAUUCUGGAUAUUGAAAAUGGCAACCAAUACCAACUCGCCAGAAACCACACGAAUUCCUAACGAUCAGAAUAAACUCCUCUGUCUUACUAUUUGCGGUUAUCGCAAACCCGGCAUGAGUGAGGAAGCCUAUCGACACCAUAUGACGAACAUCUCGGCGCCGAUGACCAAGGACUUGAUGGCGCAAUAUGGAAUUGUGCGAUGGACCCAGAUCCACAAUACAUCUGCCACACGCGCACAAAUGGCCGAGCUUUUUGACCCUCAAUUCGCCAAUGUGGCAGAUUAUGACUGCUUCAGUCAAGCCGUUUUCAAGAGCGUCGAAGAUUACAAAAGGAUGAAACAGGACCCAUGGUACAAGGAACAUCUCAUGGGCGACCACGAGAAUUUCGCGGACACCAAAAGGAGUCGCAUGACAAUCGGCUGGUACCAAGAGUUCGUGAGGAAUGGACAAGCCGUCAACGAAGGCGAAUAGUGAUAUUUUGAUACAGUCCCAGACUUAUCUCAGUUGUAAAGGAUAGUACCCAGCAACUUAUGUCGUC